AUGGGCAAUGCUUAUUCCAAUAAUUUAAAUAGUUAUUCUAUUGUUCUUUUACACUUUCAUAAAAAGGAUUAUUAACAACUCUCAUAUUUAACUAAUGUUUAUUUAGGCAUCUUGUAUGUUUUUAUUGUUUUAUUCAAUGCCAAAUAUUAUGGAAGAGUAUUAAUAUUUAAAUAUAUUUAGAUUAACUAUUCUUAUUUAAAGAAGAACCAUUGCUAAUAUUGA